UUUUUUUUUAAAUUUCCACGUGAGCAGUUCUGCGGUCGGACGACCCUAAAAUCUUUAAAGGAUUUAUGCCAAAAAUUAGCCACGUUAAUAUAAAAUAGAAACUAAACUAAACACAAAAAAGUGCAUAACUAAGCAAAAUAGAGUUUAACGCAAAACAACAACAAUUACCACGAGUAAAUUGUGAAUUGAAAACGAAACUCUGAAGCACUGCAAAUGCAAUUGAAUUUAGCAUAGAGAGUAGGCGGCUCUUUAGAUUUUGCAAAAUAAGUGACAAUUUUCCCGUGUGAAUAUAUACAUAUAUGUAUAUAUAUAAUAAUAUUUAUAAAAGAAUUAAGCAACGAAAGAAACGUAAAGAGAGAAAAGAAAUCGCAUAAGCAGAGCGCUCCCGCCCUGACUCUCUUGUACUCUCUUGCUCUCUUUUAUUCGGUGGCCACUUUCUUAUUUGUGUAUUGGAUUGCGACAGAGCAUUUGUGUGCCGCGCGUGUGUUUUGUGCUAGUGUGCGUGUGUGUAAGAGAGGGAGUGCAAAAAUAUUUUUGCCGCCUUUGCUUUGCUGUUAUUCUGCACUUGUUGUUGUUGCUACCGGAGUGAAGAGGAGUGCCGAGAGGAGUGUUGGUGGAGUGGAGGAGAGUGAGAAGAAGGAAUGUCUCAGAAAUAUCAACAAUAUCAACCGCUACCCACAACCAACGGGUCCGCCAUGGACAAUCCGGCCAUGAUUCAGAGCAGCAGCAGCGACUCCAGCAACGGUGGCAGCCACGAAAAUGUUGCCAACUUGUCACCAUCUGGCCCUGGUCAUCGUUCUGGCCAUGGGAGCAUCCCAGUAACAGAUUCCUCACAACAACUGAUGCCCGCCUCUGAUUCCGAUAGCAUAGAAGAGGAACAGCAACGCCUUCAUGGCGGACGGACAAUAGAUUUGCAUCAUGCUGGCAUUGGUGGCGGUGGAGUUGGCGGAGGUGGCGUUGCCUCAAGUGCACCCAGAAGUCUAAGUUCAGUUAGCCGCUCCGAUUGGUUCACCGUGAUCGUCUUGUGCUUUGUCAAUCUCAUCAACUACAUGGAUCGUUUCACCAUUGCGGGAGUUCUUAAGGACGUGCAAGCCGACUUCUCCAUUGGCAAUGAUAGUGCGGGUCUAUUGCAAACCGCAUUUGUCAUAUCGUAUAUGGUAUGUGCCCCGGUUUUCGGAUAUCUGGGUGAUCGUUAUUCACGUCGCUGGAUUAUGGCUGUGGGUGUCGGAUUGUGGUCGACAACAACUUUACUUGGAUCAUUUAUGCAAAGUUUCGGAUGGUUUAUGACAUUCCGUGCUCUGGUUGGCAUUGGCGAGGCAUCAUAUUCAACGAUAGCACCAACAAUCAUAUCGGAUUUAUUUAUCCAUGAUAUGCGUUCGAAAAUGUUGGCCAUGUUCUAUUUUGCUAUACCCGUCGGUUCCGGUUUGGGUUAUAUUGUGGGCUCAAAGACAGCCGUCUUGGCUCAGAAUUGGCGUUGGGCUCUCCGGGUUACACCAAUUUUGGGCAUGGCCGCUGUAUUCCUCAUUUUCCUGAUUAAGGAUCCGGAGCGUGGUGAAAGUGAAGGAUCACACAAUCUGGGAGCAACAACCUAUGCACAGGAUAUCAAGGAUUUGGUCAAGAAUCGUUCGUUUAUGCUGUCAACAGCUGGUUUCACCUGUGUGGCCUUUGUAACUGGAGCUUUGGCGUGGUGGGGACCUUCGUUCAUUCAUUCGGGCAUGAAAAUGCAACCAGGAAAUGAACAUCUAGUAUUAGAUGAUGUUGCAUUCAAUUUUGGUGCCAUUACAAUGGUCGCGGGCCUGAUUGGCGUGCCGCUGGGUUCAUUUCUGUCGCAAGUUCUUAUCAAACGCUAUCCAACCGCCGAUCCUGUGAUAUGCGCCGCUGGUUUACUCAUUAGCGCACCGCUGCUGACAUUCGCCUGUAUUAUGGUCACCGACAAUUCGGUGGCCACAUAUUUAUUAAUAUUUUUUGGCCAAUUGGCAUUAAAUUUAAAUUGGGCAGUUGUUGCGGACAUUUUGCUGUAUGUUGUUGUGCCCACACGACGUUCCACAGCGGAAGCCUUCCAAAUUCUCAUAUCCCAUGCUCUGGGCGAUGCCGGCAGUCCGUAUCUCGUGGGUGUGAUAUCCGAGAGCAUUAUGAAACAUUUGCGCGCACAUCCGCAAAAUUUGGGUCUACAGGGUGAAUUGCAAAGUCUCUCUCUAGUCUCGGAGAAUCUCACACUCAGCAGCAGCAGUACGGAGAGUAUAUUGGAUACGGUUACCGAAACGGUUACAGAUGCCAUGCAAAUGAUACAAAACAAUGUCACAGCCGCGGCGGCAGCAGCCCUGAGCAGUAAACCAGAACAGGAAUCGGAUCUGAUAGAAUUCCAGGGCCUGCAAUAUGCAUUAUUCUCCACAAGUUUUGUGGAAGUGCUGGGAGGCAUAUUCUUCUUAUUCACAGCCUGUUUUGUACUCAAGGACAAGUAUAAUGCCGCUCGUGCCACUUUAGGAACUGCCAUUCAACAGGAUGAAGCACAUAGUCGCAAUCAAAUUGCCUAAUACCAACCGAUCCAUGAAGUUUUUCUCUACACUCAGAGUAAUGAAGGCAUUUUGAGUGAUUUGUUAUUGACUGAAAAUCAUCUUUAAAUUUAAUUUAUGCCACAAGCCACAAUGCACACCUCAGCCACACAUACACACACACACACACAUUUAGUAGGAAGAACGACAAUUACUCAGCAUAUUUGCAUACAUAUUUAUACAUAAACAAAUGUAAAUGUGUAUAUAGAUAUAUUUUAU